AUGGGUGACGCUGGUCUUCCGCCAUUGCCUUCCUUGCCGGUGCCAAAGUUGAGUAAUGUGGGCCCUGGUAUAUAUCUACUCGAACCUCUUAGCAGAAGGGGAUAUGGCCCACCCUUGAUCGUUCUUACCUCCGACGAUGAAUCGAACUCGAUGACUAAGAAUUAUGUGCCAACAAGCGUGAUGAAGUGGGCGGAAGAAGGGUUCGUGAUCGUUCAGGUUCAGGCAAGCGCCACAAAGUCCACGGAUUCUAUACUCCAAAAUGCUGUUGGAGCCUUGCAGCGAUGCGACAAGAGCGAGACCAAAAAAAUCGGCAUCGUUGCAUAUGAUGUGUUAGUGUGGAAUGCCAUCCGAUCAAGCUUGGUGUCUUUUCCUGAGAUCGUUGGAGCAGUUAUCUACAGUGAUGUCGAUCAGGGUUUGCAACCCUCACCCAUCCCCUGCGUACAACAUCUGCAUGGCAAAGCGAGGUUCAAAUUGCCUCGUACCCCUGACUUAACAGCUUACGAGUAUCCGACAUCAAAAUCGCAACAAUUUGCGACUCCAGUCUCGCCCGAUUUCGACUACGCAUUGGAAGCCGUCUCGCACACUCGGAAUUUGACCUUUUUCAAACGUCCAGACGUCCUUGCAGGCCCCAUCUUUGACCUAGAGAAGAUAUGGGAUGAGCACACCUACUACGAAUUUGAGAAUCGUAGCGUGGCUCACACGAUGGCUACUAUGGUUCAGGAACCGUACGUUAACCAUGUCCCUACUUUGACUGGCGGUAUUGGACGUGAAGAACUAACCGACUUCUACACCAACCACUUCAUCUUCUCGAACCCAGAAGACGUUGAGUUAGAACUCAUCUCAAGGACGGUCGGUAUCGACCGAGUCGUGGAUGAGUUCAUCUUCAAAUGCACACACAACAGGACGAUUGACUGGCUGUUGCCCACUGUUCCUCCCACCAACGUCUAUUUGGAGAUCCCGAUGAUGGCUAUUGUCAAUAUUCGAGGCGACCGACUUUAUCACGAGCAUAUUAGUUGGGACCAGGCGACCGUGCUUCGGCAAAUAGGAGUGUUGCCUGAAUAUCUGCCUUGGAAACAGACAGUUAGCGAGGCUCCAUUAGAGAUACAAAUCCCCGUGGCUGGCAAAGAAACAGCGAUGAAGAUGCGAGAAAAGAGCAGUGUGCCCAGCAAUGCUAUGUUUGCAUUCGAGAUGAGGCAGCUAUAG